GCUGGAUACCGUCUCUACAAAAUGGAAAUAUAUCGAUAUCCUCAUUUUCCAACCCAUCUUUCCGUCGUCCACGUCGCCCUUUUCACCAAUGUCAGCAAUUCUGCAGCUCUCAGAUCACGUAUAGUAAAGGCUGCAACGUUGGCAGCACCUGAGGGAGACAUUGAACGCGAGGCCAUCAACUAUGCUUUCAUCGAUGCUCGUCUCAUCACAAGCAUGUUGCAUCUCCAGACAGCCAUUUAUCAAGCCAUCCUUUUUGACUCGCAGAAAUCGUUGCGGACAAGGACAGUGCACUCUGAAAUCCUAUGGUGUCUGAACCCCACAAAUAACAUAUCUGAAGCCAUCAGGCGAUAUGGUGUAUCAGACACUUCGUCGGCUCUUUUCGUCGUUCGAAUCACAUCUCCCGAUCUUGUGGACGUAGAGAGCGGAAUGAAAUGCGUUGUGGAAGGGAAUAUUGUUCCCCAAAACACCUUGCAGGAACUGACUGACUGGUCUUCUAUCAAGAAGUAUUACAAACUAAACGUGGAACCAGCGGUCAAGGAAGCCGCAGGUGAUGACGUUCGUGAACGUGCAAUUAUAGAUAAUAUUGUCGUGAGUUCCGUUGCAAUGAAGAGCGUUAUGGCGUGAA